AUGGCUUCUUCAUCAUCAUCUUCGAGCAGCUACUCAAGCCCUCCGUGCGCCUCCUGCAAAUUCCUGCGACUGAGAUGCCUAUCCGGCUGUAUCUUCGCUGCGUAUUUCCCGGCGGAGGAGCCGACGAAGUUCGUGAACGUGCACAAGAUCUUCGGCGUCAGCAACGUGAGCAAGCUGCUGAACGAGAUCCCGCCUCACCAGCGCGAGGACACCGUGAAGUCGCUGGCUUACGAAGCCGAGGCUCGGCUGAAAGAUCCCGUCUACGGCUCUUGCUUUGAAGGGCCUUUCAUAGCUGGAAGAAUAGCUGGAACUCCACUCUUCGGCGGCUAA